GCGCGUCCAGGUCCGUCGCCUGAGGGAAAAGAGCCGAGCGAAGGAUGCAGCGCAUGAAGGUGGUUCUCGGGCACCUGUCCGGCGCCAGGCAGCCGCGGGGCGGCCCUUGCCUGGGCUACUCGGGGGCUGCCCGCUCGGGGGCAGACCCGGCCGACGACGUGGUGGUGGUGCACGGGCGGAGGACCCCCAUCGCCAAAGCCAAGCGGGGCGGCUUCAAGGAAGUGACACCUGAUGAGCUUCUUGUUGCAGUCAUGACGGCUGUCCUUAAAGACCUAAAUCUAAGCCCAGAUAAACUGGAAGAUAUCUGUGUUGGAAAUGUACUUCAACCUGGUGCUGGAGCUCUAACAGCAAGAAUUGGACAGUUUCUAAGUGGCAUUCCAGAAACUGUGCCAUUAUCAUGUGUCAACAGGCAGUGUUCUUCUGGAUUGCAAGCAGUGUUCAAUAUAGCUGGUGGCAUCAGAAAUGGAUCUUAUGAUAUUGGCAUGGCCUGUGGAGUGGAGAGCAUGUCUCUACGCAGCAACGAACCUGGGGACGUCAGCUCUCGUUUAAUGGACAAUGCCAAAGCCAGAGAUUGCCUUAUCCCAAUGGGAAUAACUUCUGAGAACGUGGCGGAAAGAUUUGGCGUCUCCCGGAAAAAGCAAGAUGCCUUUGCCUUGGCUUCCCAACAAAAAGCAGCUCGAGCCCAGCAGAUGGGAUGGUUUAGAAAUGAGAUUGUUCCUGUGACAGCUACCUUCACUGAUGACCAGGGCAACACGAAAACUAUCACCGUCAUCCAGGAUGAAGGGAUCAGGCCAAGCACCACGCUAGAGGGUUUGGCUAAGCUGAAGCCCGCCUUCAAGGAGAAUGGAACCACUACAGCUGGUAAUUCCAGCCAAGUUAGUGACGGUGCUGCUGCAGUUCUUCUGGCCAAACGCUCCAGAGCAUCGCAGCUGGGCCUUCCUGUCCUUGGGGUGUUGAAAUCCUACGCCGUCGUUGGAGUCCCGCCUGAUGUCAUGGGCAUAGGGCCAGCCUAUGCCAUUCCAGAGGCAUUGAAAAGGGCUGGGUUGACUGUGAAUGACAUUGAUAUAUUUGAAAUCAACGAGGCCUUUGCUAGUCAGGCUGUCUACUGCGUAGAGAAGCUUGGCAUCCCCAUGGAGAAGGUCAAUCCUCUUGGUGGCGCCAUCGCUCUGGGACACCCUCUGGGCUGUACGGGGACUCGGCAGGUGGUCACUCUGCUUAACGAGCUGAAGCGGAGGGGUAAGAGAGGGUAUGGUGUCGUCUCCAUGUGUAUUGGGACAGGCAUGGGAGCUGCAGCCGUGUUGGAGUACCCAGGGAAGUGAACUGAAGCCCAGCCUACUCGAAGUCUCUUAACACCUGGAAUGUUCCAGCAUCUGUGAAUGGUGAAGGGUCCUAAUAGAUUAAUCUUUUCAUAAAUCUGUCUAAUGAAAAGGUGCUUAACGUGCAGCCUGCAGGUGGGAUACAUUCCACAGAGCCCGACUUCCAUCCUGCCACCCGGCGAUAUUUGCAGCCUUCCAGCCAAAGAACUGAGAUGCUGACACAGCUCCUGGUAAUCUAGCAUUAGACCUAAAAGGAAGACAUGCCCUCUGCUGUAGUGGAUCCAUUUGGAGAGACGCAGCGCCAUGAAUCUUGCGUGUGGUGCAGAAUUGAGUGAGCACCCCUCCGCCUGGAGGAAAUUUGUCUUGGGCAUCCAUGUCUAAACAAAUUAAUAGUGUUUGUGGAGUGGGAUGUGGCAAGUCUAUGGACUACCUCAGUUAGCCAAGCUAACUGUGCAAGAAGAGAGAUUACAUCUAGGUCUUCUUGGAAAUGGGUCCCCUCCUGAAUGGUUUACUGAGUAACAGGGAAUGAUAGAAAAAUAGCUGCUGAAAAACAGUGCGUUGGGUUUGCUUUGCUUCGGGAAGUAACUUCUACGGGAAGUAGGGAUGCUCAAGGAAUUUGGUGGAUUCGCAUUUGGAAGCAAACGUGCCUGAUCCACACCUUUGGGAUUAAUGCGCAAAUUGGGACAUGUUCCUCUUUUGAAUCCGCACUCCAGCAAAUUCUACAAAGCGGUCAGAAUUUUCUUUUUGUGCCCCCAUUUUCAAUGUUUUAAGCUGCUGCAAAUGGCUUUUGCCUGUUGAAAAAAGAAUCAAAAUAAAGGGCAGCAUUCUUUUUUAAAAAAAAUAAUAAUGAGCAGAUUCUCUGAAAAUGCAUGUUCAAUAUGCAAAUGGGAAGACUUUUUUUGAAAAAGCUAAAUUGGUAUGAACUGAAUUUAGACUGAUCCGCCCAGCCUUCUGGAUCAUGUAUUCCAGCCCCUGUCCCCAUUCCUGCUCCAAGAUCAGAUAUGCACUAUACCUAAAAGCAUCCCUUAUGAUAUGCAGGGCCCUAAUGUUUCACUGCCUUACUGAAGAGACUGAGCUGGUCUUUAAUUGAUUGAAGAUGUUUUCAUCUAUAAAUUUGUAAAACCUGAAGAUGAUUUAUUUUUAAGAGACUUAGAAAUGUUAUGUAAUACCACUGACGUUAGUUUCCUUGCCUAUUAAACUCUCAAGUUCUUAU